AUGCGCGAUCUCGAUGAAGAACAUUCGAUCUACAAUCAGCACGAAGAGAACUAUCAGGAACUACGACUACGAAUCGACCGGUCGUACGAUGAAAUGCGCCGGCUUAUCCUGCUGGCCGCCGUCUUUUUCCUGAUCGGAAUCCUGGUGCUGAUGGCGCGGCUUCAAGUAGCUGCCGAAGACAUUUUCCGCUGGGCUCCGGUGAUUUGGUUGUUGGGCGUCGUCGUUGCAGGGACGAUGAUCAAUUUGUUCCUGCAAUGCGCCAAGAUGAUCGCCAAAAAGCGAAAGGAGCGCAGGCGGAGGAGGGCAUCGAUGGAUUCGUCACAAUUCUCCUCCCUAUUCGCCAACAUUCCCAACUCGUUCCCCUGCCUGGCGCCACCUCCACACCAUGGCUGCUGCCGGGACCCGGGCAGGCGGUUGGCACGGGAUGCGAUGGGCAGCAAGGAAAGCCUUCCGACGUACGCCGAUCUUUUACGGACGGCCGCUUCGGUAGAAAGUCUGCCACCCAGUUAUGAAGCGGCAACGCUGGCGGGUAGCCGGCCACUGAUGCAGCAGAGAUGCCCAGUGCAUGGACGGCGCCGCGGAUCUGCAUUAGGACUUCCGCUACAAACACCAAGGACGGAAACGAUGGUCAAUGAGGUGAAA